AUGAGUGCCUUAUCGACUGACAAUUCCAACAAGGUAAACAAGGUCGAAGUUCUACCUCCGAGCGACACUAAAGCCAAUAAGGAGGUGUACUACGACUCGAAUGAAUUCGCGGAUGAGUUUUUUUCCAUUACAGAACCACUUCAAGAAGUUCCCAACAUCCUCAGCACAACAAAACCUUUAUCAAUGCUCUCCAACCGGUUUUCGAUGCAGCGAUAUCUGCAGAUCGUUCCGCAUCUUUUUACGCUUUCCGAGAAACACCUGUCCGAGCUUGAUGUAAUGGUACGUGAGUAUGGUGAGCUUGACAUCAUUAUUGAAGAGGGGCAACUACUGCAACACAUUUACGUAGUCGCCUUCGGCAGUGUUGAAGUGAUGAACUCUAAAAAGGGAAUCAAACGCGCCUUCGGUCAUCGCCGCGUUGGUAGCAUCACUUCCGCCAGUGUAUUCGGGAUCGACAAUGCCAUCCUCGAGAGCCCUGUCGAGUUUACCUACCACGCCAGUACCCGGAGUACGUUGCUGCUGAUUCCCAAGGAAAAAUUCAUUGCACUCUUUUCACAAUCGCCCGUAUUCGCAAGCAGUGUCUCGAGUAGCAUCGUCCAAACGCUGCCUGCAUUCACGAUAUUCAAAGACUUUUCGCGAUCGAUUUUCGGCCUUUCAUCUGCCUCCUUUAGGAAAAGCGAGAUCCAUCAGGGGGAAGGGUACCUUCUUCCAUUACAGACCCUCGUGGGGCUUUAUAAGCAAAGUGAAACGGUUCAGCACAGACUUAUUCACUCCAAGGAGAUUGAUGGGGAGGCUCUGUGCUAUUGUCUUCGUCGUCUUCCUAUGAACAUCACAACGACGUAUAUUGUCGUCCUCGCGUCGUUGCUAUCAAACUUUAUCUCCAACGAGUUCAUUGCGGACGUCACCGAGAAUAUGCGCCGAGGGAUGGUUCCUAAUACCCUUACCGUCGAUACAGGAAGGCGUCGGCGCUGCGCCUGGACGUUCGCUGAUGGGGGGCAGACCUUCAUCAUGAUGCGUGACGGCUUCACAGAUCCCAUUGACUUUGUCUCCACGCUUUGCAUGUUCAUUGUGGAGUCCCGAAAGAUAUGCAUGCGCCUUGAGCAGCUGGUCUCCCCUUCCGCGAUUGAAAUUCUGCGCGAGGAAUUGUCGCGGCAGACCUCCGGAGGAGACACGUCCCACGCACUUGAGCGGCUUCCCUUUUCUCCACGUGAAAAGGACGCACUCAAGCGCACUUGGGGUGCGAACGUGGUAACCGCGCUGUACAAUAUUCUCCAGCACCGUGAGGAGUACGUGAUCCGCAUCGGGCCAACCGUUUCCAGGCAGUUUUUCCAAGAUGCAUAUACAACCUGGGGUCUUUCUAUCGCCCUACAAAUUAAGAAAGCAUUGGGGUUGUCUAACGACCUCAGUUUGCCCACGGACAUUGUGGUGGAUAUCUUGUUCUCGUCCAGUCGCGUGCUCAGGAACCUCUUCUGUGCAAUGGGAACGGAAUUGAAAAAAUUGGUGGCCAGUCGAAGCCCCACAGAUGGAGCGGAAGCCUCAACCCCACGUCCGAUGGCGGGUGGGGUGUGGAGAAACCCAUCGGAUCGAUACUACUACAUGCUCACGACUCUUCUUGAAAAAGAUGUGGCUGUGCGACGGUCAUACCGUGCGAGCCUGGAGUUGAACGGCUUCACGCUUAUGGAGGACGUGCAUUCUUCCGCUCUUAUCGUUGACUUGAUUGAUAUCCGAAAGAUAAACCCCAAAUACAUGGAUCCGGCCCUUAUUCCGUAUGCUGAAGGGCCAAGAAAAGAGGCAAAUACAUCCAAGCCUCAUUUCAUCAUCAACGUAGACAAGACCUUCGGUGCCCAGGUCGAGGCCAUCCUAAGAUCACUCUUGUUGAGCUUUGGCAGUCGUAUCCGGAGCGUGAACCUCUUUGGCAAGGCUGCAGGGCUACAGGGGAAUCACGGCGAUGUCGUGCUACCCUCGAAGCUUCUUUUUUCGAAACGCUCCUUUGGUGAGGACUCCUAUGACGAAGCCCGGAACUGCAAUCAAACCAGCUUGAGCGUAGAGGACCUCGAGCCGUUUUUUGAGAAAUCUUCGCCCACCGCUUUUCAUCGUGGGGUCUGUGUCACGCUUCCAGGGUUCGUCCUACAGAGCCUGCCGGCGCUCACGUUUUAUCACGUUGUCCACGGCGCCACCGCGCUGGAGAUGCAAAGUAGCUACGUGGCACGUCAGCUAGAAGAAUGCCACCGCACAGGCGUUUUGCCGUGUGGCGUGGCGAGUCGCUACCUUUUCUAUAUCGACGAUAUGCUUCUUCCCAGGAAAAAUUUUCCCCAUGGAAAGACCCAACGAAGUGAGUUAUUGUCCACUUUGUACGCCUCUACGCGGGCUCUCCUGUCUCGCAUACUAACUUCAUGA